GAAGCAAAAGUAUACAAUGAAAAGUAAGUUAUAAAAAAUAAUGGGUGCCAAGUUAUAAUGUUAGGAGCUUUGUCUUUUGACAGUUAUAUUCAACACCUCAUGUAGAGUCUGUACACUGGAUGUCAAUGAUGUUGCCUAUAUUUUUGAGGAGAUGUGGCAUGGAAAGAGUGUGAUAUCUGGGCCAAGUGACAAGGUUGUUUUAACUAGAUGGGACAGAACAAAGCCUCCUAGUUACUUUAACCUUGUGUGUCUGACAAGGAUAGAAGCGAAUGAGCAUGAAAAACUCCCUGACGGUACAAAUUUAGAAGAACAUUACGGAAAAGAUGUGUUUGACCGUGUCCAACGACAAUUCGAUCGAGAGCAACAAAUCCAAGAUAUUUGGGGCAGUAUCUUAUAAAUCUCUUUAAAUAAAAAUGCAUGCAUUCAACGUAUCGCAUCUAUAAUUUAGUG